AUGGCUUCCAUCUAUCAGCUCAACCAACCAUCCAGUCCCUUCUGGGAUUUCGUCAACGGCAACCUGGAGGACCACCCAUUCUUUGCUCCGCGUGGUCACCACGGCCACGGACAUCACGGACGCCCGCACCCCCAUCACAACAGAGAUACUCUUGGGAACGAGGAAUUUGCGGAAAGCGGGGAAGCCACAGCAUCGGAUCUCGACUCCCCGAACCACCGCCACCGCGGCAAUCAUCACGGAAAGGGCCCCCGAGGAAAGCAUGGAUACAAUAAUCAUGGUCACCAUGGCAUGAAAGAGCCCCAGCCCGUCGAAUCCCAGAAUCUCAACGCACGCGAAACAGGCGGAGACGUUGAACCGUCAGCCGCAGCAGACAACAGCGACGGCUCGUCUUCCGAAUCCGACUCUGCACACAGCCGAUACCAGAAAGAUUACAAGAAACAGCAUGGCCGAGGUCAGCAUGGGCCCGGUCCAUUCCGAGGCAAAGGUGGCAGAGGCGGCAAGGGGAAAUGCGGACAUCGUCCCCCUGGCCCCUAUGGCUUCCACCCACAUGGCCAUGGCCACCACGGCCCAGGCGGCUUCGGCUUUGGACCUGGCCCUCAGGGAAUGUACGGGAUUGAAAAGCAUAUGCAUGGUCCACACCACGGCCCAUAUGGUUUCCCAGGCCACCACGACCACCGUGGACACCGCGGCGGGCCUUUCGGGUUUGGACCUCGAGGUCCCCGAGGUCCAGGUAGUCGCGGACAUAGAGGACCACCUGGGGGCCCGUUCGACUUCCUGCGCCAGAUCGGAGCCGGACUCGGGUUCCCAAUGGAAACGCCAGCAGAUGGUGUUGACUUUAGACCUUCUGUUGAUGUCUUCGACACUCCCACCCAAUAUGUCAUCCACGCUUCACUUCCUGGCGCGAAGAAGAGUGAUUUGAGCAUCGACUAUGAUGCCGAGGAGUCUGUUCUGCAUCUGGCAGGCGUAGUCUAUCGUCCCGGUAUCAACGAAGAGCUGCAUAAUGCUCUUGCAAUGGAGGAGCGUGGUCAAGAGAUAGGCGUCUUUGAACGCGAGGUCCGAUUUGGUACUCGUGCGGCACCGGCCUCUGUCAUCGUUGAUGGCAUUUCGGCCAAGUUGGAGGAUGGAAUUUUGAAUGUCACUUUGCCGAAGAUUGUUCAGGAUCGUCAGACCCGCACCAAGAAGGUCUGGAUUGAGGAUUCUGAGAGCAAGGAGAGUUCUCCAGUGACAGAGAAGACUCCGACUCCAUGUGACUCAGAGAGUGAGAACGAGGAGGAGGGAAGGGAAUAUAUCAAAGUUCCUGUCAAUUAG